AUGACUAUUGAGUCGCCGGCGGUGCUGGGGCACCUGAGCUCCUGGCUGACCAGCCCAGAGCUGUGUGCUAUACGGGCGGCCAGUCGCAACUUGCACGCUGCAAUUCCGCGGCACACAUGGGAGCUCACGGCCAGCAACAUCAGCAACGCCGAGGCGAUGGGUCGACUCGCCAAGGUGUUCCCGCACGUGUGGUGUCUGCGGCUGCAGGACGCCAUCCUGGAGGAGAUGCCGACCAUGCAGGCGAUCGUGCCGUGGUUGAACAGGGGCUGGAAGCUGCGAGAACUCAUCUUCACCCGAGUCACGUGCAUCAGCGGGUUCUACGUGCAUCUCCUGGCCGAGGAGCUCAAGAAGGUCACGAUUCGCCAAUGCUACCAGGUGCAACAGCCCGCCAUCGUCGCGCCGAACCUGGAGGUUUUGGUCAUUGAACACUGCCCCGUGAGCAAGUUCCACGCCGGCACAAGCCUUCCGCAGCUCAAAAAGCUGGCGCUGUCGUCGCGGAGCUUGUCGGCGCUGCGGGCGCGGCAUCUGAUCAAGAAUACGCUGCCGAGAUCACCCGCGUUGGAAGUCCUGAGUCUUGCCGGUUGCUUGCAGCUUGAACAGGUGCUGGUGGAUCCAGGAGACCUCCCAGCUUUGCGGAAGCUCGACCUCAGCAGCUGCGCCAAACUCACUCGAGUGCACGUGAGCUCGAAGCUGCUGGAGACGCUCGAUCUGUCGCGCAACGACGAGUUGCAGUUCGUGUUACUGGACCUCGAGCGCGCGGUGGACCUGGACUUGUCGUUCCUCAAGAACCUCACCCACUUGUACAUCCGCUCGCCGUCGCUGCGGCGCCUGAACCUCCGAGGCUGCGACCAGCUGAGGCGGAACGCCACGAGCGUGCACUGUCCGAAUCUGCAAUUCGUCGUGCUUCAAGGCACAUCGCUAGAGGUCGACGACUUGAACACGAGCGAGGUCAACGACGAGGUGCUCGCGUUGCCAGCCAGCGCAGAGCAGCAGCGCUAG